CCAGAUCCGAAAUCAUUCUCACCCCUCUCUCUGUCUCUCUAGCCGUCUUGCUUGCUUCUGUGGUAGUCUUCGGUCUCUUACGAUACAAUUCGCACAGUUCUAGAUCGAAGAAAGAAAAUAUGUUUGGGAGGGCACCGAAGAAAAGCGACAACACGAAGUACUAUGAGAUCCUUGGAGUUUCAAAGGAAGCUUCGCAGGAUGAUCUAAAGAAGGCUUACAGGAAAGCGGCCAUCAAGAACCAUCCGGACAAGGGUGGUGACCCAGAAAAGUUUAAGGAGUUGGCCCAAGCUUAUGAGGUUCUAAGUGACCCAGAGAAGCGUGAGAUCUAUGAUCAGUAUGGAGAGGAUGCUCUUAAGGAAGGAAUGGGUGGUGCAGGCGCUGGACAUGACCCGUUUGACAUAUUCCAGUCCUUCUUUGGGGGCAAUCCUUUUGGCGGUGGUGGAAGCAGCAGAGGCCGAAGGCAGAGGAGGGGAGAGGAUGUGAUCCAUCCCCUCAAGGUUUCCCUGGAAGACCUCUACAAUGGGACAUCCAAGAAGCUAUCCCUCUCUCGGAAUGUUAUCUGCUCCAAGUGCAAGGGUAAAGGCUCCAAGUCUGGUGCUUCAAUGAAAUGUUCUGGAUGUCAAGGGUCUGGAAUCAAAGUUUCCAUUAGACACCUUGGCCCCUCUAUGAUCCAGCAAAUGCAGCAUGCUUGCAAUGAGUGUAAGGGCACUGGUGAGACCAUCAAUGACAAGGACCGCUGCCCUCAGUGUAAGGGAGAGAAAGUUGUUCAGGAGAAGAAAGUUUUGGAAGUUGUUGUGGAGAAGGGUAUGCAGAAUGGACAGAGGAUUACAUUCCCUGGAGAAGCUGAUGAAGCGCCUGACACUGUCACAGGGGACAUUGUUUUUGUUUUACAACAGAAAGAGCACCCUAAGUUUAAGAGAAAGGGUGAUGACUUAUUUGUUGAACAUACCUUGUCCCUUACAGAGGCACUCUGUGGCUUCCAAUUUAUAUUAACCCAUUUGGAUGGCAGGCAACUCCUUAUUAAAUCCCAACCUGGUGAAGUUGUCAAGCCUGACCAAUACAAGGCCAUAAAUGACGAGGGAAUGCCAAUGUACAAGAGGCCCUUCAUGAAGGGUAAAUUGUAUAUUCACUUCACAGUGGAGUUCCCAGACACCCUCAACCCAGAGCAGUGCAAGGCACUGGAAGCGGUGCUGCCCCCAAGAGCUUCGGUGCAGCUGACGGACAUGGAGGUGGAUGAAUGUGAAGAGACCACACUGCAUGAUGUGAACAUUGAGGACGAAAUGCGCCGCAAGCAAGCACAGGCCCAAGAGGCAUAUGAGGAGGACGAUGAUAUGCCUGGCGGUGCUCAGAGGGUCCAAUGUGCCCAGCAAUGAUGAAUGACUCUGUUGAUCAACAACAAAUAGGAAGAUUUGGAGUCCUUGAUUUGGAGAAAAAUAAUCUUUAACAUCGAUGUCUUCUGUUAUAGGGAGCGUGUUAGAUUUUGGUUUGGGUUUUUUCUUAUGUUUCCAUAAACUUAUACUGUAUGAGAUUUAUUUGAAUUCUAGUGUACUUUUAAGAGUUGUUAAUUGUUUCUUGGGUUGUAUAUCUAUAUCAUCUGGAUGGUUCUUGUGCCAUCUAGAUAGACUCUGUCAGAGAGGCCACAACAAAUGUUUUAGACUUUCCAUC